GCGCCGGCGGGGGUGGGCGGGCGCGCCGGGCGGCAGGUGUCAGCGGCGUCGGCACUCGGCGGCGAUGGAGCGGCCCCGGGCAGCUGCGGGCGGCCUCUCGCGCCAGCCCCGCGGCCUCGGCCUCGGCCUCCUCCUCCUCCUCUUGCAGCUGCUGCCGCCCGCGACCCUCGGCCAGGACCGGCUGGACGCGCCGCCGCCGCCCGCCGCGUCGCUGCCGCGCUGGGCCGGCCCGCUCGGUGUGAGCUGGGGGCUGCGCGCGGCCGCGGCCGGGGGCCCGUUGGCCCGCGGCGGCCGUUGGCGCCGCAGCGCUCCGGGCGAAGACGGGGACUGCGGCGGGGUCCCGGACUUCGUCUCCAAGCUGGUCAACAACACGCACCAGCAUGUCUUUGAUGAUCUCAGCGGCUCAGUGUCCUUGUCCUGGGUUGGAGACAGCACUGGGGUCAUUCUAGUGUUGACUACCUUCCACGUGCCACUGGUAAUUAUGACUUUUCAACAGUCCAAGCUGUAUCGAAGUGAGGAUUAUGGAAAGAACUUUAAGGAUAUUACACAUCUCAUCAACAAUUCCUUUAUUCGGACUGAAUUUGGCAUGGCUGUUGGUCCUGAGAACUCUGGAAAGGUGAUAUUAACAGCAGAAGUGUCUGGAGGAAGUCGUGGAGGAAGAAUCUUCAGGUCAUCAGAUUUUGCCAAGAACUUUAUUCAGACAGAUCUCCCUUUUCAUCCUCUGACUCAGACGAUGUACAGCCCUCAGAAUUCUGAAUAUCUUUUAGCCCUCAGCACUGAUAAUGGCCUGUGGGUGUCCAAGAAUUUUGGGGGAAAAUGGGAAGAAAUCCACAAAGCAGUAUGUUUGGCCAAAUGGGGACCGGGAAACAUCAUCUUUUUUACCACCUACGUCACUGGCUCUUGCAAAGCUGACCUUGGGGCACUGGAAUUAUGGAGAACUUCAGACUUGGGAAAAAGCUUCAAAACCAUUGGUGUGAAAAUCUAUUCAUUUGGUCUUGGGGGACGUUUCCUUUUUGCCUCUGUGAUGGCUGAAAAGGAUACAACAAGAAGGAUCCAUGUGUCAACCGAUCAAGGGGACACCUGGAGCAUGGCCCAGCUUCCCUCUGUGGGGCAAGAACAGUUCUAUUCUAUCCUGGCUGCCAAUGAUGACAUGGUGUUCAUGCAUGUAGAUGAACCUGGAGACACUGGAUUCGGCACAAUCUUUACCUCAGAUGAUCGAGGCAUUGUCUAUUCCAAGUCUCUGGACCGACAUCUGUACACCACCACAGGUGGAGAGACCGACUUUACCAACGUGACCUCCCUCCGCGGCGUCUACAUAACAAGCACGCUCUCAGAAGAUAAUUCCAUCCAGACUAUGAUCACUUUUGACCAAGGAGGCAGGUGGAAGCACCUAAGGAAGCCUGAAAACAGUGAAUGUGAUGCUACAGCGAAAAACAAGAAUGAGUGCAGCCUUCAUAUUCAUGCUUCCUACAGCAUUUCCCAGAAACUAAACGUGCCCAUGGCCCCACUCUCGGAGCCUAAUGCCGUAGGCAUAGUCAUCGCUCAUGGUAGCGUGGGGGAUGCCAUCUCAGUGAUGGUCCCAGAUGUGUACAUCUCAGAUGAUGGGGGUUACUCCUGGGCGAAGAUGCUGGAAGGACCCCACUACUACACCAUCCUGGACUCUGGAGGCAUCAUUGUGGCCAUUGAGCACAGCAGCCACCCUAUCAAUGUGAUUAAGUUCUCUACAGAUGAAGGUCAGUGCUGGCAAACCUACACGUUCACCACGGAGCCCAUCUAUUUCACCGGCCUGGCUUCGGAACCCGGGGCCAGGUCCAUGAACAUCAGCAUUUGGGGUUUCACAGAGUCUUUCCUGACCCGCCAGUGGGUCUCCUACACCAUCAAUUUUAAGGAUAUCCUUGAAAGGAACUGUGAAGAGAAAGACUACACCGUAUGGCUGGCGCACUCCACAGACCCCGGAGACCAUGAAGAUGGCUGCAUUUUGGGAUAUAAAGAACAGUACCUUCGGCUACGCAAAUCUUCCGUCUGUCAGAACGGUCGAGACUAUGUUGUCGCCAAGCAGCCGUCCAUCUGUCCCUGUUCCCUGGAGGACUUCCUCUGUGAUUUUGGAUACUUCCGUCCGGAAAAUGACUCCAAGUGUGUGGAACAGCCAGAACUGAAGGGCCAUGACCUAGAGUUUUGUCUGUAUGGAAGAGAAGAGCACCUGACAACAAACGGGUACCGGAAAAUUCCAGGAGACAGAUGCCAAGGGGGGGUGAAUCCAGCUCGAGAAGUAAAAGACUUGAAAAAGAAAUGCACAAGCAACUUCCUGAGUCCAGAAAAGCAGGACUCUCGCCCACAGGGACACAGCUUGUCCCAGAAUCCAGCUCCGCCUCCUCUUGGAUACACUGAAAACACACACUUCCUAUCUCCCACCCAGAAGCAGAAUUCCAAGUCAAAUUCUGUUCCAAUUAUCCUGGCCAUUGUGGGAUUGAUGCUGGUCACAGUCGUGGCAGGAGUGCUCAUUGUGAAGAAAUAUGUCUGUGGAGGAAGGUUCCUGGUACAUCGAUACUCUGUGCUACAGCAGCAUGCAGAAGCCAAUGGUGUGGAUGGGGUGGAUGCCUUGGACACAGCCUCACAUGCUAAUAAAAGUGGUUAUCAUGAUGACUCAGAUGAGGACCUCCUGGAAUAGCUUCUCCAGGGAGCUGGGCCGAAAGUGGAUGGUGGAACCACAGUACCUCCUGCACCCCUGUGGCUCCAACUUGGAGGAAUAAAUUUCCCAUUGCAAGGGACCCAGCUCUGUUUCUGCUGCUUCCAUGAAAGCCAAAAGGACCGACACUAAACAAAUGCAGGGUGGGGGUGGGGAACCCUAAACACUCUAAGAGUGAAUUGGCUCUGAAAAGGGGAAAACAUUUAAAUUCUUUGACUUUUCACUUCAAGUUCUGUCAUUUGUAAAGUAUGGGUUUUGGGUUUUGUUCUCUUGUGGGGUUUUUUGUUUAUUUGUUUGCCUGUUUGUUUUUAAGGGAAAUGAAAUGGAAUUUGAAGGGACCGAUUAACCCCACUCUUGUGUAUUCUGCGUGGCACCUACCCCAGGGCAUCUGCCAAUUCUGCCAUCAACUCUUAAAAUGUAUGUGGUGCUGACCCAGGUGCUGCUGGUGACACGAAGCAGCUACAGUGAUGAAAACAAGGGCUGCGGUGCCUAGCACUGGGGAGAGCCCCACUCCAAGAACACUGCACACCAGCUCUUCACACAGAUCCAUGCUGCUGCUUUCUCUUCCCCCAGGGACCACAGGCCACAGUGAUUUUUUCUUUUCCCCUGUUUAAUUAGGCAAUACCCUUGUUAACUGCCCUUUGGCAACUAACUUAACCAUGUGCUUCCAAGACACUAAAUCAGGAAAACUUACAGGGCAAUAUUUUUAACUUGGGGCAGGAAGAGGGGAGCAGCAGAGAACUGACGAGAUUUAGCACCUAUUAAAAGAGAAUUCUUGUGUCCUCUGAGAUCUUUCAGGCUGUGCUUUGUGUGUGUGCCAGUGGACUUGCUCAAGGACAGGGUACAGGCUUGCCUGGAGGUCUACCCAGGCUGGACGUUCUCAGCAGAGUUGAUUGUUGAGUGCACAGUGCAGCCCCAAAGAUUGAAUUGCAGUCUUCCAUUUCUCUUCUUGCCUGUUGUGUUGGCUCAUUGUUGAAUCAUUGCAGUGGCUGCUUCUCUGCUUCCUUUUGGAUUGCUGUUGAACGUGGAGCCAGGACUUUAGAUAUUUUCAGAUUUACAGACUUUUUCUAAAAAAAAAUAAAUAAAAAUUUUAUUACCAGGCUCUCCUUCUCGCCCCUUUUCCCUCAGCUUUGCCAAGUUAUUUGUUGGCACAAGACUUUUGGCUGAAAACACACUUCCAGGCUAGAAGAUGCUUUGUGUGAUACAUUAGAUUUGUAUUUUCAAUUUAAGGAAAUUUUCCAUUUGACAUUUCUUCAAAUUAAAUGUUAUAGAAGGCAGUUGGGUAGAUCUGGGGGUGGCCAUAUAGUAGAAAGCUGAAAUAUCUGUUGUGAUACAGCUUGAAUAUUUGCUAUACAGGAAUAUAGCAUGGUAAGUUUUCAGUCUUAAUGUACCUACUGUGCUGGUCACAGUUUCUCCCAAUAAUGAGGAUUGGGACAUUCUUUGGUAGAUAUUACUUUGCUGCUAGUUAAUUUUGUGGCUAGAAAGUCAGUAAAAAGUAAAUGUGCCAAAUUAACUUAUGUCAGAAUGCGUGAGCAGAUGGUUGAGUUCUUUCCUCCCCAGAAUGGAUGAACAGCAUCAGGGAUGUGGGGGAGGGAGCAGAAUGAGAAUUUGAAAGACAGAAAUGCAGUAAAAUGCAAUGAGUCAGGGAGCUCCAGUUAGAAAGUACAAUUAGGGCAGCUUUUGUGAAGAGAAAGAGUAUUUGUUAGGGCUAGAGCACACUAGAUUUUUAGCUCAUUCACUUUGCAAACUUUUAAAAUUAGUUCCAAAGAUGUGCCAGCUCACAAAUCAUCACAAUGUGGUCAGCCUUUGUCCCACACUCACUUCUUGCCCGAACUGAAUUUGAUGCCCAGAAAAGACCUGUUAAUGCACACCUUUUCCCCCAGCACACACCCACUGUGAGUAGAAGUGCUGGCGUGGUCAUCCGCUUGGUAGUGCUAAGAUCUAGGAAAGAAUGUUCUUCUUUGCUUAUGAUGGUAUCUGGCACUUCCGUGGAACUUGGCAAUUUUCAGAGCACUUUCACUUGAAUUACGUCAUUUGAACCCCACAGCGUUCUUGUGAAGGAGCCAAAAUUGAGAAAACCAUGCAAGGCCCCUGUUGUCAAGAGCGGUGCCAGACUCUUGACAUCUGUACACUAGCUGGGCACUCAGAGCCAGAGCUGCUCUCUGAGAGAUGGUGUGCCACUCUGUAGGGCAGGGGUUGGUGGCACAUCAGUCAGAGCGCCAGUUAGCACCUUUUUGCCGCCUGGGUAAGUAGAAUGUUUUAUUCUCUUUUUCAUGGCUGAAAGGGUGUAGGAACCACCCUCUGCUCCUCGUGGAGGGUUGCUGUGAAGAGUGCAGGUGUGUGGUCCCUUCCCCAGCCCUGUUUCCACACGGGCUGGUUGGCUUUGCUGGUACAACCCCCAGCAAGCUGAGCUCAGUCCCUGUAUGGCCAGUGGACUUCCUGUAGAACCCUGAAUCACUCACAAAUGUAGGCCUUCAGCCAGAGUAAAGCAGCCUAUGUUUGAGACAACUUCUGAAAAAAGCUUCCUAAUUUGUUCUGCUCAGAGCAGGAGAGUUAGUUAUCCUUGAAGAUACAACAUAGCCUAUCAUUGUGUAAACUCCCAGGCUUGCUGGUAGCAAAGAGAUUACUUCUGCAGAUUUUGACAGUGGAAUUUGGCAUGUAAGAUAGAGGUUGGAUAUAUCAGACUGUCCAAAGUGGUCUGGGCUGUUAAGUCCAGUGGAGAACACUCACCCUUCCUGCUCUGGACUGAAGGCAGCUUUGAGUUUUUUAGUGAGACCAGAGACUAGGGAUGGAUACAGCUUUGCUGUUGAUUGAAUGGAAACACUGUUUAGAAGAGUAAAGACCUUUGGAGCGCUAUGGCAGUUCCGGGAUGAGAUCAGGAGAUUCAAUAGAUUAGCUGGAACUGAAACUUGGAGUCUCCCACUUGCCUCUGAAGAGGCCUUUCCAGUGUGUAUCUCUCUCUCUCUUAGAUUUGCCUCUGGUGCCCUACAUGCCCAUACUAGCCUUUCAUCCCAACAGAUUAGCAGUGUGCUGGCCACCUCCACCUCCUCCAAUGAGCCUGUGAACCGUAGCUGUUUUCCCACAGCCUUUGUCACCAUACCAGGAUGCAGGGAGGAGCACAGAGCCAUCCACAUCUGCCCCAGGGUGACAGAGCUGGCCUGGCUUCAGUCAUUUAUCUACUAUCCAGGCACAGAGAGUCUCUCCUUUUAGGAGAGCUCUGAAGAGUCCUACCCCUACACAAAUGGCCUAGUUCCUCUUCCAGUUGUCAGCAGGGCCCGAUUACUCUCAUUUUAAGCCAGGAUAUUUGGAAUUGCUAGAAUAGGAUGGGAGCCAGCUUUUCAACUUUGCUACCACCUUCCCUUAUUCAGGAAAGUGAAUAUGGACUUAAAUGUCCUUUGAACAAAACCAAAGCUUAAGAUUUGCCAUGUGGUGGAGUGACAGGGAGGGCUAGCAUCAGCAGGUGCCAGACUUUCUGUUCUACCUGCCAGCAAUGUGCCCAGCUCAGGCCGCUCUGGGAACACCAACCUGCCCUAGCAGAGCCCAGCCUUGUCCUCCUGAAGGAGAACUGAAUUAGCAGGAUCGUGUUGAUUUCUUGGUUACGUUGCAUUACAACUUGAUUAUAAACUUUAAUUUGAAGUUGUCUUCAACAACUUGCUGUGUGCAGUUUUUUCAUGUUAGUACAUUUUUAAGAGUCCUUGUUUAUAUAGGAUAACAAACUAAUCUGUACCUUUAUAUAUAUGUACAUAUAUACAUGUAUAAACUGUAUAGUGUACAUGUUAAUGACUUGUUGAUAUGCCCCAGUCCCCAUCCUCCGCAUGCCCUCAGUGGUGGUCGGUUGACUUGAUGUUCCCUGAUGAUCCUGCCCACCUCUCCUCUGGUUGGACCUCUGGGGAGGAGGUGGUACUUCCCUUUUCCUCGUGCACAGAAAUGCUCAGGGUCCCCAUGUGCCUGUGUUCCGCCCUCACUCAUCUCUUAUCCCUUUUCUGAGCAUGUGGUUCCCCCACCGCCUCUGCAAGCUGUGGACAGCUGCCUUCCUAGGAGAGUGUGAAGCAGUAUUAAGAUCACUACUGCAUGUGCACUAAAAACUCAAGUUUUCUGUACCCAUGGGACAGAAAACUGCAUGUGAGGUGGAAUAAUCAAGUUUCAAUGAUCCAUGUCAGUUACACAGCAAAGCCAGACCCCAUACUAAAAUUCCACAAAAUGGAAAUAAAACUCAAAUUUCUUUAGCAUUGUAUAAAUAAAUCUGGAUAUGUUUAACUUUG